GUUCCACUUCUCUUUUCUUGCAGCCUCUGCUUAGCAUCACUUUUCUUUUUUCAGAGUUCCCAUUCUUUACCUUCUUCUUUGUUUUUCUUUUUUUCUUUUUAUUUGGUCAAGAUUAUCUCUACUCAAGUUGCUAUUUCUACCCAUUUCUUCAGCUGUAAGCCAGUUGUUCAUUCAUUCAUUCUUUCCUCUUGAUUGUUUCUUCCAUAUUUUUUUUUUGCAAAAGAACCCCUUUUUUCAUCUGACAAGAUCUUUAAUUGUGUUUUUGUUUUUUCUUUUUGGCCCCUACUUGUGUUUUAAUUUCAGUUGUGAAUCCCCUUGUGUUGUUUUCAGGUUUCUGCUGAUCAAUCUUUGAAAGGAUUGUGCCAAAGAUUGAGUUUUUACAGCAAUUUUGGGGGAAAAAAAACUGUUCUUGAUUCUAAUCUAUUUGUUGUUCCAAAAGAUUAAGUUUUUAAAGCAAUUUGGGGGAAAAAACUGUUCUUGAUUAUAAUCUAUUUCUUGCUCCAACUUCCCUUCAAAUGGUUUGAAGCUCCUCCAUUUUCUUGAAUUCACAAGCUGUUUAAUUUUCCAACUUUUUUGCUGUAUUACAUACUUUCUUGAUUCCAUGGGACUUUGUCAUGGAAAACCCAACGAACCCCCGAAAAACCUGUCCGAAAACCCAAUAAUCCCAGCUGAAAGCAAUGAUCCAACACUGAACAAUCCCUCAACUGGGAAAACACCCAAAUUCCCAUUUUACAGCCCAAGUCCACUCCACAGUGCAUUCAAGAAUUCCCCGGCUAAUUCGAGCAGUGCCCUUUCGACCCCUCUCCGUUUCUUUAAGCGUCCAUUUCCGCCCCCAUCGCCAGCUAAGCACAUUAAGGCCUUGCUUGCAAGGAGGCAUGGCUCCGUUAAGCCGAACGAGGCUACUAUACCCGAAGGGAGUGAGUGUGAGAUUAUUGGGUUGGAUAAAAAUUUCGGGUUUUCGAAGAAUUUCGUUAGCCACUAUGAACUUGGGGAAGAAGUGGGUAGAGGGCACUUUGGGUACACUUGUUAUGCUAAAGGAAAGAAGGGAAGCAUGAAAGGGCAAGAUGUGGCUGUUAAAGUUAUUCCUAAAUCAAAGAUGACUACAGCAAUUGCCAUAGAAGAUGUGAGAAGAGAAGUAAAGAUUCUACAAGCGCUGACUGGACAUAAGAACUUAGUUCAAUUCUACGAUGCCUAUGAAGAUGAAGACAAUGUCUACGCAGUGAUGGAGUUAUGCAAAGGAGGAGAACUACUUGAUCGUAUACUUUCGAGGGGUGGAAAAUACUCGGAAGAGGAUGCGAAAAUCAUUAUGGUGCAGAUUUUGAGUGUUGUGGCAUAUUGCCAUCUUCAAGGUGUCGUUCACCGAGACCUAAAACCCGAGAAUUUUCUCUUUGUUACGAAAGACGAGCAUUCCUCUUUGAAGGCAAUCGACUUUGGACUCUCUGAUUACGUAAAGCCAGAUGAAAGGCUGAACGAUAUUGUUGGUAGUGCGUAUUAUGUGGCGCCCGAAGUUUUGCAUAGAUCGUACGGCACAGAGGCUGACAUGUGGAGCAUUGGUGUGAUUGCUUAUAUUCUUCUUUGUGGAAGUAGACCGUUCUGGUCAAGAACAGAAUCCGGAAUCUUCCGGGCUGUAAUAAAGGCUGACCCUAAUUUCGAGGAAGCCCCAUGGCCCACACUUUCUCUCGAAGCCAUAGAUUUUGUGAAACAGUUAUUAAACAAGGACUAUCGUAAAAGGCUAACUGCAGCUCAGGCUCUCUGUCAUCCAUGGCUGACUGGACACCACGAAGAGAAAAUUCCAAUGGAUAUGAUAACGUAUAAGUUUGUGAAAGCUUAUAUAUGUUCGACUUCUUUGAGGAAAACAGCUUUAGGGGCUCUUGCACGAACAUUGACAGUACCGCAGUUAGCCUAUCUCCGAGAUCAGUUUGCAAUGUUAGGACCAAAUAAGAGUGGUUUUGUAUCCCUACAAAACUUCAAAACUGCUAUGGCGAAGAUUUCGACUGAUGCAAUGAAAGAAUCACGUGUUGUGGAUUAUGUCAAUGUGGUGAGUUCUCUUCAGUACAGAAAAUUGGAUUUCGAAGAAUACUGCGCUGCAGCGAUAAGCGUGCAUCAGCUAGAAGGAUCGGAAGGCUGGGAGCAACACGCACGCAACGCUUACGAACUUUUUGAAAAGAACGGAAAUCGGCCCAUUAUGAUCGAAGAACUUGCCUCUGAGCUCGGACUUAGUCCAUCUGUACCAGUGCACGUAGUUCUGCAGGAUUGGAUAAGACACUCAGACGGGAAACUAAGCUUCUUGGGCUUUGUAAGACUUCUGCAUGGAGUGUCCGCACGAACAUUUCAGAAGGCGUGAAACUGAAUUCUCUAUUCUUUUGGGACAUAAUUGCCCCUGAAAAUCAACAGUAUUUUUGCCCCGAUUAAAAGGGCCGUUUGGAAGAAAGAAGCAUGGGAUUAUUAUUGCAUGUUAAAUUUUUGCACAGAAGGUCGAUGGAAGUUGUAGCUGUAGCCAUUUGCAGCAAAACUCGGUUCAGAAUAUGUUUCGUUUUCGUGUAAUUUUUUUUUUCCUUUCGGUGAGAGUUGUACAGAUGAGUGUAGAUGGGAAAAAAAGAGUGUAUUUUAGAGCAAGAAGACUGAUGCAAGCUCUAGUGGGGUUGUGUGUGGUGACUUUUAAAAUAAAAUCGUAUAUUCUUUUACGCUUUGCC